UGUGGGUGACACUAGAUGUGGAGGAAAGGAUCCUUUCAUAGAAAGUUCUACGUUUAUGUUGAUGUCGUUUUUCAACACCAUUAUUUUCAAAUAUUUAUACAUUCUUGUCUUCAUUCAGUUUGCUUCUGUUUAGACACAGGUUGGUGAAAUAAGAUGGCAGCGGCGGCACGUGUGGAGAGCCACCAGCAGAAUGAGGUGGAUGAACUGAAGAAAGCUGUGCUUUCCUGUCGGGGAAAGGCACAAGAACUUCUUCUGCUGAAAUCCGGCUACUAUAAUAAGUGCAAAGGAAUUCGUGAGGUCCGAUGCACAUUGCUGGCGUCUACUCACGAUUCCUCAGCCACACCUUCGUCAGCAAAUGGCAAGCACGCCAAUGGCGAAAGAUCAAAAUCUCCCAAUUAUAGUACAAAUGCCACCGGAAUAUCGCUAAGUCAUCCGAGUUCCCCAUCUACGCCAAGCUCAGCGUCUCGAAAGGUGGUUCAUUUUAUCAGACACGGGGAGGGCAACCAUAACGUGGCGCAGCGCGAGUGGCGGGCGCGAAAGGACUUCGGUGCGUACAAGUCCGAGGCGUGGGAUCGACUGAGUGAGCCUUAUACGAUCGAUAACGAUCCGAAGUAUCGCUUUAUCGAUGCACAGCUAACAGCUGCGGGCCAGGCACAAGCGGAAGCACUGCGCGAUCCGUUAGCAAAGACAAACUGGCAGGCUCAUGUAGAUUUCGCUCUGCCCGAAGUAGAACUGUUAUUAGUGUCACCACUGCGUCGUGCCACAGAGACAGGUUUGAGAGCAGCACAAGACUUAUUGCUACAUAGAACAAAGAAAGGAGAGGCGCGAAAGAUGAAGAUAGUCGCGAUCGAGAACCUGCACGAAGUAGGUGGCAGGCAUACGUGCGAUAAGAGGUUGGACAAGGUUGAGCUCGAGAAGGAGUAUAGCGAGUGGUGGAAAACUCUGGCUUUGCAUUGUCAAGAUGAACAUGAAGUUGUGCAAAACGGCGCUCCUGAGGCGAAGCGACAGCGCACGAGCAGCGAGACGAACAGUAAUCUAUCUCAGUACUUAGCUUUGUUCAUUCAGAUUUUUUCGUGAGCUCUAGUUUUCCAAAAGCACUAUGCUUCGAACGACGAAGACAAACAUGUUUGAUUCUUUCUUAUCCAAUGUUGAAGCCUUGUUGUAUUAUUGCAUCAACAACUACUGCCCAGGUCAACCAGAAACCCCGCCGCGCAUUGAUUUUUCGCAGCUUGAAGACACUGACGCGUUGUGGCAUGAGACUGAAAGGGAGAAGCCGGCUUCGUGUGCAGCAAGAGCAGUCGAAGUAGUGAAAUAUUUACAAUCGUUGCCAGAAACACACAUCGUCAUAGCAGCACAUAGUGCACUGCUACUCACGCUGUUUAACGCGGUCCUCACAUUCGACAGCAAUGCUCCAGAGAAUGCCUCCGCGACCGGGUGGUUUGGCACAGGAGAAAUGCGGAGCGUCCUGAUGGAAUUUCUGCCCGCAAGUGAAAAAUGACGUCGUUGGUGUUGAAAGGUAUAAAGGUAAACACUUCCUGUUCCCAAACCUUAAUUUGAGUAUGCUUGUUCAAUAAGCACGACACAAUGAAGAAGGCCCAACCUCAUGAUUGCGCUGAAUCCUAAAGUCGGAAAAAACUUUUUUCGCACCUUCUCCUACGCUAUGAUCUUUGUUGCAGUACCUAGUUCUUUUCUGUUAAGUGUAAGACUCUAUGGACUUCAUUGGCAAUGCGCUAUCUAGGAGAUACUUCGAGAAGAAUCCAUCUUCUCGGUUGUGAUCUCAUGACUGCGCAGUGCUUUAUUCAUUCUAUUUCGCGCUUGCAGUUUUACUCUCUCGGUCAGGGACAACAUUUUUGAUUGGUACUGCUGAAGAACCUCUGUUGUCAGUGAAGGCAUUGCUCCGAAGGAGGUAGAGCUGUCGAG